AUGCUUACAGACUUCUUCUUGACAUUUGAAUUCUAUUGGAUUGCACCUUCUCAAGAUCCAAGGCUCUCUGGCCGUUCCUCCGUCUGUAUGACUGAUUUUAAUGACAUUUAUCAAGCUUCAUCAUUCGCCCGCGUUUUGCUAGCUCCUGAUCGAGCGAUAAAUUAUAUGACGCCGGAAAACCUAAACAAGCUACCCCUCGAUGAAAUAAGAGAUGUGAUCAGUCAAAUAACGAUGACCAGAGGACCCGCAGUUAUUUCCAUUAGGGUGGACUUGUAA